AUGGACUUUCCCGAAGUGAUUACUGCUUUGAAGUCGCCACCUGUAUCGGGGUGGUCCCGGAAGUUGGUGACGCGUGGUUUUUUGUCGGCAUGCGCAGGUUCGAUUCUGGGUAUGGCGACGUCAGUGAUUUUGAAUGUUGCAUUGGUGGAGAUCACAAUCAGUUCAUUCUUUGCGGCGUACUUUGGAUUGCUGUUUAUUUGUACGGGGGGCAUUAUUGCUUGGAGGGUGUUGGGAGCUCCUUUGGCGGAUGAGAAGGCGCGACAGAGGCAGCGUAUAUUCCUUGCUCUGAGCUUCCUGGUUUCUGUCUCGGGCUUGAUUUGCAUCACUAUGCAACGAGGUGGAUGGUUUUAUCGAAGUCCGAAGGUGCUCAAGGUUGCCGUUUAUACGCUUCUCGGUGUAUCGCUAGCUUUCGCACUCAUCUUCUCUGCCAUUGACCUUAUCAAUGUUGGCUUCGGCAUCUGCAUGCUCACAUCUACACGCUCUCCCGUCGAGAGCAAUGUACAGGUCUCGCUCAUCAUAGCCGUCGCCCUCCUCAUGGGAUCCAUCUUCGGCUGCAUGUACGGACUCCUCGACGUCGCCAACGAAAUAAGCUACCACGUCAAACUCAGCCUACUUAAAGACGAAGCCUUCACCUACCCCAUAGGAGGACUACUCGGCGCACUCGCUGGCUUCGCCAACGAAUACCUCCGAAACCAAGAAGAAGCGUACAUACAAAUCAAAAGACAGGAAUAUGACGCCGACAUUUAA